AGUUAGCUCUGCCAUCAAGGUUCAGUUGUUCCGGUGAGACAAGCGAAAGCGUACCUAACCGCGCGUCAAUCGUUCCACGGCCUACUUUGAAAAUGACACCGAAAUUAUACUCCGCCGACCUGAGUCCCGCCGUUAGGGCUAGUUUGUUGGCCAUUAGAGCCCUUGGAGUGGACGUGGAGCUGGUGCCCGUGAAUCUGAUGGAGCAGGACCACAUGAAGCCGGAGUAUUUAAAGAUGAACCCCUUUCAUACGGUCCCCACGCUGGAAGACGGGGAUUUCGCUAUUUGGGAUAGCGCGGCGAUAAAUAUUUAUCUGACGGAAAAAUACGGCAAGGACGACUCCCUGUACCCCUCCAACCCGGAAGCCAGAGCUGUGGUGAAUCAGCGACUGUUUUUCAAUUCAGGCAUUCUGUUUCCGCGCAUGGGAGCCAUCGUGGCCUCGCUGUUGAGAGAAGGCGCGAAAACAGUGAGCAAAGACAAGGCUGAUUCGCUAACGCAAGGUCAGUCCGUCAUUAAUUUCGUCAGCCCAGCUGCGAAGCAACACCUCACCCCCGAAUACCUGAAGCUGAACCCGCUGCACACCAUUCCCACCCUGGAAGACGGCGACUUCGUCAUCUACGACAGCCACGCCAUCAUCGCCUACUUGGCAGACAAGUAUGCAGACGGAGGCGCCCUCUAUCCCAAAGACGUUGAAAAGAGGGCAAUCAUCAACCAAAGGAUGUACUUCGACUGCGGGACGCUGUUCCCGAAGUUCAUCGAGGUCAUCCGGGCGUUCUUUGCCGGGGCCAAGACGAUCAGCAAGGACUUCAUCGCUAGGAUAACGGAGGGUGAGUUUUUUUGGAAAGUGGAGCCCUUAAAGACUUUUAAUGAGCUCUUUGACCUGUUCAAUACUCUAGACGCGCUAACUCCUCAAACCCUCGAUCAUAUCUUAUCAGAACCCCAGAAUCCUGAUGUGCUAUAUAGUCCUGCUUUUGUUAGAGUUGUGCUAUUGAGCCCUACAUAAACCUCAACUCAAUUG